AUGUUCAAGAAUGAUACGGAGAAGUUCGUCGGCGAGGUCGAGGAUACCCAUCGCGAUGUGAUAAACACCAUACAACGUCCAAAGAAGCAGAUGGCGGGGUUCAGGACAGGAUUUCUCGAACGACUCGGGUGUCAGGAAGCGACCCGCGCACUAAAAAGACGCUCAGCGAAGAAGCCCAAUGAGGAGAAGCGGUUUAGCCUUCAAGAAGCUUAG